GAAUUGUAUCUGAUUGAUAGCCGAAGUGGUAAUGGCUGCCAAGGACGAGUAUCGAAUAUUUGUUGGAGGACUCUCAUGGAACAUCUCGGAGCGUCAGCUCGAAAAUGCUUUCAAUCGGUUCGGCAAAAUUCUUGAAACUCAGAAUAUGGUUCAGGGAGUCAGCUUAAAGCUGAAUACAUGGAUCUGUUCGUACAUUUUCUGCUGAAUUCUUUCAUAAAAUAGAAGAAAUGGUGUUAGUAGACAAGAAAUCUUAUCCAUCAGUAUACAUACAUUGGAAGAAAUUGGUUGGAAACUGAUAGUACUCUGUUUGAAAAGCGUUUUCAUAAUAAUGUUUCAGAAAUUAUACUCGGUGCCUUCUCUUAGGAUAUCUGGUGCAAUGUUUCUUCUGGGGAUGAGAAACCAUCCUUGGCACAAAUUUCAAAAAAUGACCAAGAUUCUUCACUCUCUAAACUUAAAUUUUAGUGUUCACAAAACAGUUUGUUGAUGUAGUUUCCUACUCAUCAGAGUAUAGGAGUAGGCAGUACUUGUAUUUCAUGGAGAUGCAUCUGAGUGGUAUUUUCCUGGACAUGUUGCUGCAUUUUUCGUUAGCACACCUCAAUUCCCUGACAAUCCAGAGAUUAAAAUGGGUAUAAGUUGUAUUGAGCAGAUGCUUCUUCUAGAACUCUAAGUUUCAGAACUUUUUUUAAUUUACACCAGGCCUUCUUCUCAAGACAUUUUGCAAAGUUGUCCAUACCUGAUGUCUGCUCCCUUCAGAUUGAAGAGCAUUCAAGACAUAUUUAACCUCACUUUUGUUGCCUAAUGCAUCUACAGAGUUUGGUUAUUUUCUUGCUCUGUCAUUGUAAAUAGUGAGUAAAUGCAUUCAAGCAGGAAUACAUUAUCACCUGCCUUGCUGUUGGCAUACUGUCUAAGGCUUCUGUUUGGCAUUUGUCCGUAGAUUUGGAACUUAUUGUAACCAAAUUAGGAUUUACGGUUCUAGACUUCUAGUGCUCCCGUAUGCUCAAGAUUUCUUUUGGGUGCUUGGCCGUGGAAGGCAAGCUAUUGCUGAAACAUUAGAAUUAGUUCACACGAGAAAAUUUGAGACACUGUACUGAACUUAGUUUUAGUUGUCAGCACCAGCUUGUUCUGUUUUAGAUGACAAGACUUUGCUGUAAAUUGAAUUAAACUGUUGAGACGUGACACCAGAAUGCAGAAGAAUCUGAAUUAGGACUUUGCUAUCCUGGUUGCUCAGUGGCUUCAACAUCGAUUUGGGUGGUAGCGUAGUGCCGAGAAACAUUAUGGCAAGAAAUUAUAUCGCCCCAAGAUUUUUUCUUCUCAAUUUUCUCAUGUACUGAGUCCUGGACUCUAGAGUGAUUGAUUUAUCUGACUGGGUUAUGAAUAAUGGAAUAUAGUCUGAAUGCUGCAAUGAAUUAAGGCUGUGCGAUGGUGGUGGAGUAAUUUCAGUUAUCAGUAAAAGUGUUGCCUUGGAUGAUCUUCUCAGUGGGAGACAUUCUUUUUAGCUUUAAGAGCUUAAGAUCCUGACUUUUUGAUGGGACAUUUCCUAGUUUGCACCCAAAGAGGUUGUGGAUCUCGAGGUCAAAGUUGUUCUUUAAAUGGUAGAUUUUGAAGUGUUGAAGGUAACUUGUGUAACAAGGUUCAAGUUGUUGGACACGUUGCAGGACUUUGAAGGGAAAUUGAAAUCCUUUCAAGUAUAUCAUUUAACUUCUCCUUAAUGAUUUGCUUGGAAGGGAAAGUAAGCCGUCAGAAAUUUUAAUUGUUUUCAAUAAACUAUAUUCCUUGCAUUAAUUAUAAAAGCAUUUUCAGUCUGUUGGACUUGUACUAUGAACUAAUUUAAUACUGAUUCAUCUGUAAUAAUGGAAAUUCGUUGGAUGAGCUUCUCUUGUAAUGUUUAUGUAGAUCAUGUUAGAACGAGAUACAGGUCGUCCUCGUGGGUUUGGUUUUAUUACCUUUGCAGACCGUCGAGGGAUGGAUGAUGCAAUCAGAGAGAUGCAUGGGCAGGAGUUUGGUGAGCGGAUUAUCUCAGUAAAUAAGGCUGAACCUAAGAUGGAGGGAGAUGAUGCCGAGCCAGGCUUCAGGGGAGGAGGCUAUUCAUCUGGUGGUAGGGCUAGUUUCGGGAGAGGAGAUAGAUCUGUGGGGCAAGAUGAAUGCUUCAAGUGUGGACGCCCAGGGCAUUGGGCAAGGGACUGUCCUUCAGUCAGUGGUGGACGUGGUAGAGGUAGAAGUUCAUUUUCAUCACGUUCUCGAUUUGAUAGUGAUGGUCGUGGGGAUCGUUUUGGAGGAGAUCGUGACCGAUAUGUGGACGACCGUUAUAAUGGAGGGCGAUAUGGUGAUAGAGAUCGUUUUGAUCGUAGAGAUGACAAGUAUGGAAGUCGAGACCGCUAUUUUGACGACAGGUACCCAUCUGCUGGAGAUCGCUUUGCAGGUGGUGAUAGGUAUGAUGUUAGUGAUCGUUAUCCUCAAAAUGGCUAUGUCAAAGACCGCGGCUACGAUAGGGAUAUUGGUCCUAGGAGUGGCAGUGAUAGAUAUGGUAGCGGAGGUCCUGGCCGUCAUGAGGGAAGAAGUUAUAGAGAUAGGACAGGCCCUUAUGACCGCCCGAGCAGGGGAGGACGGCCAUCUUCCUAUGACCGCUAUUAAAAUUCAAAUGUAACGUAAUAUCGGUAGCUGUUUGUCUCAAUUGCAAAUCAUUCUAGCUAGGAUGUGCACUUGCAAUGAACUGGCAGUCUUUAUGCAACCCCA